AUGUGUUGCAGCUUGUCUCUUCUGCGGUGUAAGUUGGGUCAUCACCACAGCUGGUUUGGUUCCUCCCUGCUCUUGUCUCCUCCACACUUUGGUUGUACUCCUCCCCACUCUACACUCCCAUGGGCUUUACAGGAGGUUGAAUUGACUGCAUACUCUCCUUGCCGUGCAGCUGGAUCUCCUUCUCUACGUUCUCUUCAGAUACCAGCCGGCCAAUCAAGCCCAGCCUACGUACCGCUUCCAUCCUGA